AUGUCGGCCCCGCAGGCACCGAAGCGACCUAAGUCGAAGCUGUAUACGUUGAAAGAGCUACGUCCGUGUGUGGGCAACGAACAACCACUGCAUCUGACCGUGUUCGCGACCAAGAAGGAGGAGGGACACAACUACUCGAAGUUUCUGUCGUUCCGCAACCAAGUGGAAGAGAUGUGGACGUGUCACGACGACAAGUGUCAGAGUUCGUGCCAGUCGCUACGUGACCUCAUCGAGGCGUGCUACCCGGACAAAGCGGGUCUCAUGUCGACGUGGUCAUUUACGGUGAAGGAUCGCAAAAACAAGUUCAAGAAUGUACUGAUCCACUUGCUGCGAUCGCUGCCAUCCGCUCUGUUCACGUUCCGGGGCAUUGAGGACGGCCUAGACAAGCGCUCACUGCUGCAGUUCAGACAUGAAGACGAUGACCCCUCAAUGAAGAAGUCUGCUACGAUGACGUAA